UCGACUCACGAUAUUAGGUAAGGUGUGGCCAUCUCCGCGACAAUGGAGGAUACGAGCAAAGAUGCAUCGCGCUGACUGUGGUUGUGCCUUUCUUGCGCUACGAACGCUUGUGCGCGUCGAAGAAGUUACUACAUCAUCGCAGGUGCCGCUCGAAACCGCAAUCCAAGUCACGUCUUCAGUGGAACAGCCCUGCCUCACCGUAUUGAGCUGCGAACGGUGCCGCCAGCAACGACUCCCGCUUACCGCUGUCACGAUUCUAUGCGCCCAUCUGGUUGACUGGCUGUGCCGAUUAUGGAACCUAAAGGACGAGGACCCUGCCGACACCUCCACAGAUGCCAGCAACGCCAACACGACUACAACUACAACCAGCACCAGCGAAAGCCGACAUGCAACUCUGCCCUGGAAGUUCUCUCUUGGAAACUAUGAUCUCGCGGAAGACGAAGCCGAUGCGCUCAGCAACGAAUUAAUGACAUUGCGGCUCACUGGUUUCUCCGCUGUGUUAGGCUCUCUUGAGGCCGCCCUCGUCACAUCUGGGCCAACUCCCUGUGUUCCUUCUUCGCCUGGGGGCAACAACGACACGACCAGCGACACAUCGGCGUUUGCGCCAGCUUGUCUCGAACUUGUCCGAGCGAAUCUCCGUCUAGUGCGCGCAUGCAUUCGUCGCCUCAAGGCGCGCUCGCUACUGAAUAGCGAUGGGACCAGUGCUUCGUUUUAGCAACAGUUCUGCACACAUACCAGACUUGGAGUCUUCAAUGAAUUUUUUUAGUGGUGGUAUAUGUUAUCUUGGAUUCGAGCGCGCCAUGGGGCAUUAAAAGGUUCGCAUUCUACACAUUUCGCGCCGGAAAUUAGUCCUGAGACCAAACUUGAAGGUACGUUUGCAUUAUAUUUCCAUUGUUCCAUCGGAUUCGUC